CCUGCCGGCUGCGAUCUGUAUGAGUGAUUCGGCUAAAAUGCUAAAAUGUCUGACGCUUUUCACGUAUUAUUGGGAUCGUUCACGUUUGGUUUAGAGAAAUACGCAGCAGCAGCAACGACGAAGUGGAUUUGAAACGAAUCGUAAAAUCGAGUAAACCCACCGAGUAAACGACCAGAAUCUUUCGUCGCAUUCGUUUCGGUCGAUAUGUGUACUUGUCCUCGGUUAUUACUUAGCAGCACUCUGCACAAGUCGGCUCGUUCACGUCGACCGAAUUGUGUUGUCGGUUCAUCGUCGUCGUCGUCGUCGUCGUAGGCGUCGUCGUCAUCGUCGUCAUCGUUGCGUAGAACUGUACGCGAUGCAAGAAUAUGAAGCGCACGUAUUGAGCAUGGCGAACGAAGCUUUUGUUAAUCAGCUCCUGAUAAUCGUUGAGUAAUGCAUGAGAAAGUGAGGAGGAUAAUGAUGACGACGACAGAGAGGGACGUAAUUUGUAAUUCUUCACAAGAGGAACCGACACCACUGGACGAUGAUACUCGCAAUCCUGUGAUCGACGAUGUACAAAUGUCAGAGACACCGGAUAGUGCGAAAAGUCAACGACGACAAGAACAACGAGCCAAUGAUGGAGACACGCCCACGCCGUUGGAGAGCCCAAAGUUGCUCAAGCCCGUGCUAGGAAAGCUUCAAGCCAAGAAGAGAUUGUUGGCGUUCGCCAACAAAUUCAACGUCCUACCGAAAGCUCAGCAGAAUAAAAGCAGCCCGCAAACUCCAGAGUCCAAGAAAUUGAAGACCAAGACCAAGACCAAGACGAGUGCGACAACGAGAGACGAUGGAAAAUCAUCGCAGAAUCAUUCUUCGAACAUUGGAUUAGACUCGGACUACUGCUACUACUACUACUACUCCUCCUCCUCCUCACCCUCCUCCUCCUCUGUGCAAGUUCACAACAAUAGGCAUUCGAGUAGUGGUGAUGGUGGUGUCGGUAGUAGUAAAUCAAAAAAAAAAACAGAGGAAAAACGGGUACUCGCUAUUGAGGAGAUCAGGAGGGAAGAAUCGAAGAGUAAAAUGUUAUUAGCCGAAGCUAUGGCUGCAGCUAAUUUGGAAGAGGAGAGCUAUGUAAAUAGGAAUGUACAGAAUUUGCUGGAGAAUGUAAAGAUAAUGAGAGACAGGUCGAUGAGUAGACGAGACGUAGAAGUGACUGCUGACGACAGCCUGCCUCGUAAGAGUACGUCGAAAGAAAAUAAAUGUUCCGAAAGCAGGAAACGACAGCACGCACCAGCAGUAGCAGCAGGAAAAGAGGAACGGAGAGUAAACAGUGUUGGUAAAGAGAAAGAACGGCAGUACAAGACGAGAGAACGUAGAAGAGAUAAGGAUAAACGAGACGAUAACAGACACGAAGACAACAAAGAUAGAAAGGAGGAAGAUAGGGAGAAGAAUAGGGAUAAUGAGAAACAUAAAUGGGAUGACGUUCGCGAGAAGAAAGAAAAGAGGGAGAAGAGAAAUGAGCAUACGUCGCAAGAAGCAGGGACCGAGGUGAAAGAUCUGAAUAAGAAGGAUAAAGAAAAGGAGAAAUGUGCGAUGCGUUCUAUGACGUGGGUGGAAUUCAAGAGAUUGAAUGUAACGAUCGACGAUUUUAUUGAAAUCAGAAAACGUGAUUAUUCCGAUCGGCCAGCAGUGAGAAGCAGCAGAACGGGUGAGGAUUACCUGCGUCACUUCGAGCAACUAUUAAUGUUGAGCGACGAUCGUUUGAAACGAUUCGCUUUCGUCGCCGAAGGACUCGACGGCGGUCCUAAACAGUACCCUCCGGAAUCGAUCAGAACGACUAAACGAGGAAAACCUCAACUGUUCUAUGCGGAAAAUCCACGAGUAUCGCUUUUUAUCGGCCACCAACGAAUUCUUCAAGCGGUCACCGCUGAUCAUCGGGAAAAAAUGCGGGAGAUUUGCGAGCCAGAUCUUACACGACGACGACGACGACGAGACGAUGACGAUGACGAUGACGAUCACGAUGACGAUCACGAUGGCAACGUUACCGCACUGCUGCGGCAACAACAGGAGGAGGAGGAGAAGGCUCUACGUGUGCGUAACUGGUAUUUGAAAAUAGCGAUCGGCAAAUGUGAUCUCAGCCAACAGGAUUCUAACACUAAGAAGUGGCAUGCGAUUAACGCGAUGCAGCUACCCAGAUCGAAGUGGGACAGCGAGGACGAUGAAGAUGAUAAUGAUGAUGAUGACGGCUUGUCGAUGAACGAUCUCGAGAAAGAUAUCGAGACGCAAGUAAAAUCUGCAGCAAGCAACAUUACGCAAGAAUUGGGAAACCAAGUUGCUCCUCCCGAUCGUGAUGGUGGUGAUGCUACUGGAGGAGGGUCUAGUUCGGUAGAAGAGAAUACCAAUAACGACGACAUUGACGACGACGACGACGACGACGACGACGACGCUGGACAACGGAAGGAGAAGGAGAAUAAAGACCAGGUGAAGCAGGUUUCUAAAGUUAAAAGCGACAAAGUCGACGACAAUGGCCAGCAACAGUCCUCUGCAUCACUUCUGAUCGCCGAAGGCAAUGAAAAAUUAGCAUCGGAAUACGAACAGUUUAUGAAGAUGGUCUGCAGCGAUAUCCCUAAAGAACUUUCCUCCUCACCGCCCAAACAAGCUUCGUCGUUGAGCUACCACGAGUUUAACAUCGAGACUAACGUUCCGCCGCCUGAAGACAACAAUUACCCGCCGUUCGUCGAGCACGGUAAUAUAUCAGAAUCUGACACUACUACCACUACUGCUAAUAAGAAAUCGUCGUUGCCGUGUAAAGUGGAAGACAAGUGCAAGAUCGAUGAAAUUGGGAAUGCAGAGAAAGUUCUAAAGAUCGACAACGAGUCGACGGCCGGUUCUUCUACUGCUGCUGUUGCUGCUGCUGCUGCUGCUGCUACUACUACUACUACUACUAGUACUACUACUACUACUACUACUACUACUACUACUACUACUACUACUGCUGCCGCUACUGCUGCUGCUGAUUCUGCUGCUGAUUCUCGUCAACGAUAUCCGUCGGUUACAUCAGCCGACAAACAUUCGAUAACUGAAGAUAAAAAUGUGCACGAGAACAAUGUAUCGGAAGACUCGAAGUCGAUACCCAGCGAUUGGGAGAACGUUCAAAUCAAAGUGGAACGUAUGAGCGACGAGAAUUCCGAGUGCCGAGAGAACAGGAAACAGAAGAAGAGGAAAAAAAAAGUACGUUCCAGCAGCAGCGACGAGCAGUCGAGUUCGUCCAGUUCCUCCGUCGAAGAGGAAUCCGCCGGGGAGGACGACAAGAAGAAGAAGAAGAAGAGGAAGAAGCGAAAGAAUAGAAAGCGAAACGUGUCACACGAUUCGGAAUCGGUCUCAGAUUCCGACAGCAGCGACAGUUGCAGCACCAGCACCACCACCAGCAGCGGCAGCAGCAGCAGCAGCACCAGCAGCAGCAGCACCAGUAGUAACAGCAGUAGCAGCAGCGAUUCGUCCAGUUCCGACGACACAAGAACGAAGAAGAGAAGACAGAAAAAACGAAGAGCCGAGAAACGGAAAAAGAAAUUGAAAAAAUUAUCAAGAGCGAAGAAGAAGAGGAAAAGGAAGAUGGUGAGCUACGCUUCGUCCAGCAGCAGCGACAGCAGCAGUAGCAGCAGCAGCAGCAGUGAUUCGUCCGACGAGGAGCAAAACAACAAGAAGAAGAAGAAGAAAAAGAAGAAGAAGGCGUCGCGCAAGAAAUCUAGACAAAAGAAAAAGUAUAAUAAAGAGGGAAACGCGAGCGAAGACAUGGUAAAGGUGAUACAAAAAUCGGGUUCGGAGUCGUCGGAGAAUUCUCGGAAAAAGAAGGUUAAAGAUGAGACGACGGCGGCGGUGGUGGCGGCGACGUCUUCGGGUGAACGAGGUAAAAAACGAGAUAAGCACGAGGUAUGGGGGAAGGAACGAGAACGACAACUGGUAUACGGCAAGAUUCGUAAAGACGAGGAUAAGAGGAGUAAAUCCGAUGAACAAUACUUGGAAGAAUGGGAGGAGGUAGUGCUGGAACCAGAGAAAAGCGAGAGGAGGAACAGAGAGAAAAUAGACGGGACUAUUGAAAUUAUAGGAAAAGGGAAGAACGAACGGAGGAGUAAGGACGAAAAGACGAAGAAGCAGGAUGCAGAAUGCUUCACAGCGAAGCAGCAGCAGCAGCAGCAGCAGCAGCAGCAGCAGCAGCAGAUGGACGUUGUACAAGUGAAAACGAUAGACGACGUCGAAGGGAAAUCGAAGAAGAAGAAGAAAAAAAAGGACAAAGAAAGGAGAAACAGUAGCAGCGGCGAGUUCUUGGCUGACUGGACCGAGAAGGAGAGCGAACGUAUGAUUGAACAACACGUGACGACGACGACUACAACGACGACGAUACAAGAAGUCGAGAGGUCGAAGAAAUUAGACAACAAGAAGAAGAAGAAGGAGAAGUGGGGUGAGACUGAAUUCGAUACUUUGAACGUCCCUUCGUUGACGCAACUCGAAAGAGAAGUGACCAAGAGGCAAUUGCUGGCCGACGAAUGGGAGGUCGACAGCCUGGAAGCUGUACCCUGCGACUUGCUGCUGCUAGCUGCUGCUGCUGCUGCUACGACUUCGACCGGAAAGAAAGCUUCGCGUUCUUCGAAGAAAUUGGAGAAGGAAGUUCGUUACGACAAGAAAACGGACACGUAUAUCGCUAUAGAAAAGGAAUCUUCGAGAGAAUCUAAGAGUACGAGGCAGGACAGAUUGUCCGCGAUGAGGAUAUGGGAAGAGGAAGAGGAGGAGGGAGAGAGGGAAGCUAUAAUGCUCAUGGAACAGAGGAAAAAGAAAAAGAAGAACGACUGGAACGUCGAACGUCACGAGGAGAUGUACUCGCGAGAGAAGAGUGAUAGAAAGACGACGAGCAUCGAUACAGUACCGACGAUCCAUGCGAUUUCUACGAUCGAUGCUGCUACUCCUACUGCUGCUCCUGCUCCUGCUACGGUUACGGUCCACAACGAAGCUCAUUCGGGUAAGGAAGAAGAUGCGGCGCCGGCGGUGGCGGAUACGUCGUCGAUGAAGCACGAUACCGUUUCCAUACGGAGGAGCAAGAAGAGUCGUUGGGACAUAACGUCGCAAGCCGAACAAGAGAAGAUAGAUGAGCUGAAGGCUCCCGUCAUGUGGGAAGAGGAAGAAGAAGCAGAAUGGAUAAAGAUGAAUAAAGUUUGCGACGACACGAUAUUACCGAAACCCAAGAUCAAUGAUAAGAACGUUGUACUCGAACAAUUAAAGAAAUCUAAAGGUUUCGCGACUAGUUCGAAUAUCGAUCUGUUCUCGAGAAAAUCCCACGACACGGAGUUGCUCGAGCCGUCGUCGUCCUCGUCCUCGUCCUCGCCUUCGUCUUCGUCUUCGUCUUCGUCGUCGUCGUCGUCGUCGGCGUCGUCGUCUUGUCCCGUUGUCACGGGUCCGGAAGAGCACGGAAGCAAGUCGAGACGCAAAUCCGAGACGAAAGAGCUUACUGCCACGAACGAGACCACUAUAGAUCGGCAGCGGCGAGGACGGUUGGACAUGUUCGAGAUGAACGCGGUAUUGUACAGUCCCAGUUCUCCGGCCGCGUCUCAGAAAUCUGAGGAGACGAAGACCCCGGUUCUCGAUACCGACACUGGCGUAUCAACGAAUGUAAACCUGAAGCAGGGGCAGAGCGAUCCCCGCGAAAAAUCGAAGACUGAAAAUCUGAUUCCGAAAUCCGACGAACAACAGUUAAUUUCGAACAUACCUCUUUGGAUCGGGACGGGAAAGUAUCGGGACGGGAUGUUCGGGGCACAGAAGCCUAAGAAGGAAUUCGAACAAACGAGCACGGUCCUCGGAGCACGAGAAGAACACAAAGAGACGGCUGUUAAAACGACGAGCGAAGCCAUCGAGAGCUAUGAGCGCGAUUUCCCGAUCAACGAAUCAGGUCCCAAUUACAAGUCUUCUUUGGACAUAUUUGCCAAAUACGAGUGCGAAGAGUUACAGAAGUUAUCGACAACCACUACUACUGUCGCUGUUGCUGCUGCUGCUGGUACUAUUAUCGCCGCUGAGAAGAAGAACGUCGUGGAAUAUGAACCGGAGGAGUUCCGCGAAAAAUUAAUCAGCAAGAACAAAGAAGCUUCGAGUCCGUCCGUCGUCAUUGGUACACGGAAGACCGGGGAAGAGAACAAAGCGCCGCUUAAAUUGAUCCCUAAACAAUUGUUAGUCAGGCGAAGCAACGAACGCGUGAAAACGAAAUUGCUUUCUAACGCGGACAGUUCUCUGCGACACUCUACUACGACGUUGCUCUUGAACGCCCACAAGAAGAGGCUGAGGGAGUCGCAGAUAUCGAAAGACGUCUCUCGUGGCAGCAGCGGCGACGGAGGAGACCCGUUCCGAAAGAUCGAAAGCGAGAAGAACACGGUCGGCAGCGGUAAGGCAGACGAGAAAGAUUUACUUAUUCCCGAAUCGACCGUCGUCGUUGCCACUGCUGCUGUUGCCUCGAACACGGAGCAGAUCACGAUCACGGAUGUUAAAAUAGAUUCGAAAGACUCGUCGUCGACGAUAACGGUGAAGAGACCAGUUAUCAUCACCACCACCACCGGUACGAAGUCAGACUCUCCGAUGGGAGCGAUGAAGCUAAAUUCCAUCGUCGAGGAGUCUGACAAGACUGAUGGUGAUCGAGUGAUGAUCGUCAAGAGAUCUAGAAUGCCGAGUAGCAGCAAAGACAUUAGCGACGAUGAGAGUCAGAGAUCGAUAGUGUCUAGUAGAACAGAACAGAAGAGGAAGGGCAGUCCUAGCAGCAGCAGCAGCAGCAGCAACAGCAACAGCAGCAGCAGCAGCAGCAGCAGCAGCGGCGGUGGCGGCAACAGCAGAAAAGAGAAUGGAGAAGACAAACAAAUUCGAGACAUUCGUAGUAAAGUGAAGAGGGAGAAGUUCAGUAACGAUAGAGACAGGAGAGACGGCAGUCGAGGCUCGAAGGAUUAUAGCGGAGGCAGCGGCGAGGGCAAGAGGAGGAGAUGGUCCAGUCCUUUGAGUAGUGGUAAUGACGGACGCAAGAAACGAAGGAGGAGCUGUUCCUGGGAAUAUGAAGAGAACCGCGAGAGUCAGAGUCGCAGCUGGAGUAGAAGUAGAAGUAAAAGUCCAAGAAGGAGAGAAGACAAACGGUCGAGGAUGACGGAUGAAAACAGAUCGUCGUCAGCGUCGGCGACAGGUAGGUCGACAGGUAGAAUCGAUGACGACAGGAGGGAAAGGUCUGCGAGAAGUCCACGAUUAACCACGAAUAAAGAUCAUUUUAAGAAGCAUCACGGAUCUGCCGACAAGGGUCGAGACGAAUGGAACAGGAGGAGGAAGUACGAUGAAAAUAGAUCGUACGAAUCGACGGUAACGGCGGAAGUGUUGAGGGAAAGAAACGUGGCAGAGGAAACGACCAGGCACAGAGAUAAUAGAUCGUUUCGCGAAGACGAUCGAAAUUUAUGGGCGUACGAGGCAGCCGAAAAUGUUCUCUCGAGAGAGUCCGCCGAGUCUGUGGAAUCUUAUCAGAAUCCGAGCCAUCAGGAUCUGAACGCAGCAGCGGAUUACACGGAAGAAAAAUACUACAGGGACGAGAGCAUAGAAAGAGACGUUAUGGAAGGUCCCUUUCAUUUGAAAUACAAACGGCACCACCACAGAAGAAAUAAGAGCGGUGGUGCGAGGCGGGACAGGGACAGGCACCGCGGCGACUGGGAGAGGAGAGACAGAGAAUUCGAACUAGACAGGCACGUUCGAAGGACCGAAAGAUCAUCCCGACGUCGUUCGUCUCCGACAAGAUCGAGAAGAUCAUCGCCGUCGUCGUUGUCUCAUUUCCGUGGACGUGGACGUUCCAGGUCGGCGUCCAAAUCGUGGUCUAGAUCCAGGUCUAGAUCGAGAUCGCGAUCUCGAUCCACGUCCCGAUCUCGAUCUAUGCGGUGUUCCAGGUCCAGAUCCAGGUCUGGAUCUCGAACUAGAUGCAGCUCGGGAUCGAGAAUGAUUCGCUCCACCGCCGAUCGUUUGCGUUCUUCUUCACGAUCUUCCAGAUCACCAUCGAUUGGUGGGCGAGGUAGAAUCAGCGAAAGCUCGAGGGAAAGGAAGGACACGGAACACGAUAGUGUGAGACUAGGUAGCUGCCCCGACAGAGGCAGGCGAAUAGAAACUAUCGUGCAGUCCGUACUGUCCAGGAACUCGGACAUGCAGAUGGAGUCAGGUUUUCAGUAUCCUGUUCUUACUGCUACUGCUGCUGCUGCUGCUGCUGCUGCUGCUGCUGGUGGUGGUGGUGGUGGUGGCAACGAGGUGGUCGUGAACGAAUACUAUUAUACUGAAAAUAAUUUGACUUAUCCGCCUUGCAUUGACGACAACAACACGGGUUCUCCGAAACGUUUAUCGCUUGACGAUAGGCUUGAGCUGGAGUUGGGAAUUAAAAAACAGAACGGUGUUCCGAGUGAGUACGACAGCUUCAACUCGCCUGUGUGUUACCCCUCGCCGAACCAGCAACAGCAUUUGUAUCGUCAGCAACCUACUACCGUUCUACAGGUGGGGAACGUGUUGCAAGUGGUGCCUGCAGAUUUCAACGGACCACCGCCGCCGCCGCCGUCGUCGUCAGUGUCAAUACGCGGCAGAGAAUCGAACGUCGGAUCCUCGUCGUCGUCGUCAUCGUCGUCGACUCCGAUCGUUCGCGGAGGAUCGAACCAAGUAGUUCGCGUAGGUAAUGUUCUUCAAGUCGUACCCACGUCGCUGGACUGGAGCGGACAGCCUUCCGCCUCCGACCAGUCCGCCGGAGGAUUGAUGUACCCCGCGACAGUCCCUCAACCUUCACCCGCCGCCGCCGUCGUCGUCUCAUCUCAUGUUCCUCUGUCCGUGCCCGUUCCAGUACCACCCGUACCCAUGCCCGCCGUCGUGCCAACUAUACCAUCGUCGUCGUCGUCGUUGUCCUCGACGACCCCCGCCGGUUCCUGUUCUCUCUCUCCGAUGCCUUUGUCGGUUCCUAUUCCUGUUCCUGUUCCUGUACCUGUACCUGGCCCCACCUCAGCGGCGGCGGCGGCGGUACUAUCAGCUGUGGGCCAAACUUAUCCGAGGACGGAAGUCGCAGCGCCUAAAGUGCAGCCGGUACAGCCAGUCUAUAAUUACGAAGCGAUUCUCGAGAUGCGGAGAAAAGAGCAGGAGGAACGUAGACGAUUGCGCGAGAUUAAAAGGAAGGAGAAGGAACGUAGGCGAAUCGAAAGAAUUAAUCGUCGGGCUCUCCGGUUACUGGAGAAGAGCAAUCUGCGUCAAGCGGAGAGCCAACGGAAGAGUUCGGCUUUGGAUCCGUCUGUGUUGAAAGCUCUACGAGAGAACGAAGAGCAUACUGAAUCGGCGGCGACGGAAGAACAGCAGCAGCAGCAGCAGCAGCAGACUUCUAGUGUUAUCCCUGAAAAACAGGAGGAGGAGGAGGAGGAGGAGUAUAAAGAAUAAGAAGAGGACGAGGAGGAUGCAGAAGAAGAAGACGAGGAAGAGGAAGUGGUGGUGCCCGUCGAAGAGGAUGAAGACGAUGAAGAAGAGGAAGAGCCCGAGGCCGAAGACGACGAGGUGGUGGAGGACGAAGAGGAACAACCGGAAGAGGAUGAGGACGAUGAAGAGGAGGUUGAAGAGAAAUUCAAAACUAAUAAAGUGAAGAACGAUAUCGAAGAUGAGAUCGCUGCGAUUACAAUGACGACCGAGGAGGCGGCAGCGGCGGCAGCAGCGUCAGCGGUGGCGACGGCUGUUGCUGGUAAAGUACAGAUUGAAACGGAGUCCAAAGAGUGGCUGGAAUUACCACUGCCGCCUUUGAAGGGAAUUCUCGUCGCGUCAGGCUUCAGGAGAGCGUCGUCAUCGUCGUCGUCGUCGGCGGCGGCGGCGGCGGCUGCGGCGGCGGCGGUUCCUAAUGGUGGACACCUUGACGACUUGUUGUUGUCGUCGUCGUCCAGUCCUGAGCGCGAUAACAGCGGAGACAAUACGGACAAAGAGGAUGACGACGAAUUGAACGAAGAUGAACUCAUUGAAAAUAAAUCGGGGAAAUCGAAGAGGAGAUCGAGAUCGAGAAGUAAACGGAAACAGAAGAGUAAGAAAUCCGUAAAAUUCGCGGAUGGGAUUAAACCUGGCGAGGGCACCAGUCCGAGCGGUGGCGAGGGAGACAUGCCUUCGCCGCCGCCGCCUCCUACUUUGGCUACUCCGCGCUGCGCGGAUGUCCGAGGAAGAGGAUCGAGUUCGAGGAAGAGUAGCAGAAAGCAAGAGAAGAGGGCACGGCCACCGAAGACGAAGAAGAAAGUGAAGGUGAAGAUAAUAAAACUGAAGAAACCGCCGCGUGUCACACCGUUAACGGCAAUGAUGAUGGACGAUUCCGAUGAACUGGACGACCGUUCGCCGCCUCCGGCACCGCCAGGAUCUCCCCCGGCGCCGCACCUUUGGCCGAGUUAUCUCUCAGCUUACAACGCGAACAGUCGUACCAACGAAGCUCAAACGGCGACGGCUCCUACGGUUUCUACCAGCACGGUUCAAGCUGUCACGCCGCCACCGCCGCCAACUCCGUUGCCCCUUUUAGUACCUCCUCCUCCUCUGAACUACACGAUACAACCUUGUACGAAGGCGUGAGGCAUGGUUCAAGUGGUGAAGACGAGAAAGGUAGACGACUGAAGCCUGGUAUGAUCCUGCAAUCUUAAACGUUAGGAUAGAGAGUUGUGCGAGACAGGAGAUCGACUCCAGGACACUUUAAUCGAUCGAAUCUCCUUGUGUGUGAAGAAAACAAUGGAAAUAUCUGAAAAUCAAUCACCAGGGAAUGAUCAGAGAAUUAUUGUGGUCGUUAGUGACAAUGUUCUGAUUUGAAAAUAAUAGUUUUUGUAAAUAGACUCAUUGAAGAUCACAAAUAGAAAGUUACAUCGUCUCGACGAAUUCGUGUUAUGUUUAUAUUAUAUUUUUCGAUAUGAGGAAGAGGCACAACGGGAUAAUGCUCGAUAACAACACGGUGUAUCGUACGAGCAUUCAACUCUGUGUAUGUGUGUGCGCGUGCAUGAGAAUAUAUGACGAUCGUGAAGUAACUGUAAGAGAGGUGAAUUUAUCAUUGUAUAUUUUACCUUUGUAGUUCAAUAAUUAUUCGAUUUAAGGA